UCAUUGAUGGUGUGUGGUGGACAUAUGUUGAUGUUACACCGUUGUUGACCUCCCCCGUGUCAAUGUCAGUUACAUCAUAACACCCGAAUGAACUCCUUGCAGCGAAUCUCCUGGGGGCUUUGAUCUCUGAUCUGAUCUGAUCUGAUCGGACUGAUUAUGGGUAACUUCGGGUCAGCAGUGUUGAGGCCGCUGAAGAAUUUCAAUAUUGAAGCCCGGGCCCAUCGGGAACUUGAGAGGCAGAAGAUUAAGUCCGUGUCUGCUCCUAGGUACAAACAACCUGAAGUCACCCAAGGACAAGAGGAACGAGAAUCUGACCCUGUUACUAACUCAAAAGACGAGCUCCUUCAUGAAAGACUUAAAGUUGUUCGGGUGGAAUCUGUUGGACCAGCUAACAAGCCAUUCAAAAACCCCAAAUUACCAGAUCGUUCUACAUCGCUGCCAGAACCAGAAUACGGAGUCGUGGAACCGGCUAAUGUACCACCGGGUCGUGUUACUAUAAGUCAAGCAUUGAAUCUCAUUUCUCAGCACCAGACGGAUCCAAAAUUAUACAGCGCCAGCCACAUUGCAAGAGAAUACAAACUGGAACUUCAUAAUGCUCAGCAGAUUCUAAAAUAUUUUCAGGUCUUUCAUAUGCAUAUUCCAAAGAAAAUGGAAGAGAAAUUCCCUCAUCUUUUGACUGUUUUGAAAUCCCAAAUGUCUCAAAUGGAAUCUGAAAGACAGAGAAGACUUCUCGACUUUGCUAAGGAAGCUAAAAAUCCAAGCAAAAAAGAAAUUCUUGAAAAGGAUAUACAAAAAUCAUAAUAGAAAAUGUUAACAAAUAUAAUUUAAAAUAAUUUCCAGGC